AUGAACUCUUUCUUCAUAGGGAAGUUUGAAGGCUCAACCUCUAAGUCAAAAGAUCAAAAAGCACCAAAAGCAUCAAGCCCAUCUCCAACAAGGAAGACAAGCCCCAGAUCAAAGAGGUGGAGGAAGAAGAACCUUCAACAUCCUUACUUUCACAAGGCCAUCGUCUCAUUAACUCUGAACCUUUCUUCUCUCUUCCUUCUUUUCUCUUCCCUCUAUGCCCACCAAGUAAAGUCUUAUAUCUUCACCUAUGGAGGCUGUUCUCAAGAGAAAUACCAACCCAAGACACCCUUUGACGCCAACCUCAAGUCUCUAUUAUCUUCCAUUGUUAGCUCAGCUUCUCAAUCUACUUUCAACAGCUUCGAUACAGGAAACGGCACUUCCGCUCCGCCAGACGCUGCAGUCUAUGGUCUUUACCAGUGUAGGGGAGACUUGAAGACCACAGAAUGUGCCGGUUGUACCCAAAACGCUGUAACCCAGAUCACUCUGCUCUGUCCUUACUGCAGAGGUGCUAGUUUACAACUAGAUGGUUGUUUUGUGAGGUAUGAGAGCUUCGAUUUCUUGGGGAAGCAAGACACGAACCUUACGCACAAGAAAUGUAGUGGAAGUACAAGCAGUGAUGUUGAGUUCUUUAAGCGUAGAGACGAUGUUAUUGCAGACUUGGAGACAGCAACUGGUUUCAGAGUUAGUAGUUUGGGGUUGGUGGAAGGUGUGGCUCAGUGUUUGGGUGAUUUGAGUUCAGCAGAUUGCUCUUCAUGUCUCUCAGAAGCUGUUGCAAAGCUGAAGAAUCUUUGUGGAUCGGCAGCAGCUGCCGAUGUUUACUUGGCAAAGUGUUAUGCUAAGUAUUGGGCUUCUGGGUACUACGAUUCAUCUUCAGAUUCCUCCAGCGAUGAUGAAGUUGGUAAAUCGGUGGCCAUAAUCGUGGGGGUAUUGGCCGGUCUCGCCAUUGUCGUCGUCCUUCUGUCCUUUUUAAGAAAGGCAAUGGGUAGGACACAGGAGGGGUGAAAGAUGGUCAACAAG